CUCUGAUUUUGUUCACGGAAAGUAUAUCGCCAUAUUGCUUCCGUGAAUUCAGUGAAAAAUUUGUACAUUUCUCUUCAAUUAUGACUACAAUGCCAGAAUGAAGUGAUAAAAAACAAUCUACAUUUUAUCAAAAUUAUCCUCGAUACGUUGUUUUGUGUCUCAACUACCAAUACGGCCCGUAAAAGCGUCGAGCUGGGAUGUCGUAUGAGAAAAUGGAAGUUGUAAAUCCUGCUGAGAAGGAGGCGAGCGAAGUGUUGCAUUCCCUUCUUUCGGUGGAGAGGCGUAGUGUGGAUAGCAAAGAGUCGAUCAUAGUCUCGAUACCGUCCGACCAAAACGGCGGAGGUGAAUACGGGGAGAACGCUCAGUGGCACACACCAGUCAUGGGACAACAUUCAGUUUUUGAAAUGGGAGCCCCACAAAAUAUUCAACAGCAUACCUAUAAUGGACAUCAAGAACAGGUUCUCUGGCAAGGGCACACUAUUCAGGUAGAGAAUGGUAAUCCAAAUUUAACAAACAUGCAAGGGCAGUAUACUAUAGAGUUUGAACCUCAAGUGGAUGGUGAGUCCGGAGAAUUAGAUGUGGAUACAAAACCAAAGGUAGAGAAGAAAACGGUUCUUAAAAAAAGAAAAAAAGCUGAUUCUGACAGUGAUGAGGAGGUGUUGGACAAUAAAUUGGAAGACAAUCCUACACAGGUCAAAGAGAGACUGAGAAGAGGCUGCGACUGUAAAGAUAACUGCUAUCGAGGGCUUAAUCCUGAGGCAGUAUAUCGUCACCGCCUCAACAUAGCUGAACUCACAAAAAGCGAACACGACAUGUACUUGAUGGGCAUCACAAUGGCUAGCUUAGCAAAUCCAGCAGAGACUUCCCGGCACAAAGUAAGAAGGAGAUUAAGAGCCUGCUACGUAUAUCAAGGUAGAAAAGUUUGUUUGGAAGCAUUCUUAUAUCUUGAAAAUGUGACACACUAUCAGUUAAAACGUAUCCGGCAACAUGUGAUGACCCAUGGUGUUGCACCUAGGAUACAUGGAAAUGUUGGUAAGAAGCCCUAUAACACUUUCACUUUAGACAUAUACAAACAUGCAACGAAUUUCCUUAAGGAAUAUUUGAAGCAACAUGCAAAUUCUCCUAAAGAUGUUCAGCCUUCAGGAGAAGGUAAGAAAGGCAGCAAAACCAUUAUUAUCCAAGGAGACUCUCGAAAGCACUUGUUCGAGGCUUAUAAGGAGUAUGGAGAAAUCUUAGAACCAGGUGUUAAAUUAAUGGGUUAUUCAACCUUCCGAGCGUUUAUGAAAGACCAGUUUCCACAUGUUAAAUUCGCCACCAAAAAACAAGAAAUACCAAAGGAUAUGAUUCCGUUUCGAAGUGGCAAAUGCAUGUCUUAUGAUAAAAACAAAGACCCUGUCAGGAUGCAGCAAGAGAAAGAAAAGGCCGAGGCGAAGAAGGCAGCUAUGGAGGCCAAGAAGAAAGAGGAGCACGAUAGAGAACAUGCUCAACAACAAGCCCAACAACAGCAACAGAAACAACAGCAAGUGCAGCAGCAGCAGCAGCAGCAGCAACAACAACAACAAGUCCAGCAGGUGCAGGUGCAGCAACACCAACAGAUGUCGAAUCAACCGCACGUCGUCAUACACCAGCAGCAGCCGCAACAACAGCAGCAGAUGCAGCAACAGAUGCUUGUGCCCCAAGUGAGCCAGCACCAGCAGGUGCUCACACAGCAGGUGGGCGGGGUGCAGCAGGUCUCACAGCAGCACUGCGUGCAGUCGCUCGGGGUGUCGGAGGAGGGCGGCCAACAGGUGGAGAUGGCUCAGCAGGUAAUACCGCUCGCCGUGGUGCAGCAGCCGCAGGCCUACAUCGUGACGCCGGUCUCGCACUUCCAGACCCGCGUGCAGGACGCGUGGUACAGACAUUGAGUAAAGUGCAGCGACUCUUCUCCUUUAUUUUUUGGCUCCGGCACGGUUUGUGCAUUAGCCAGCGUCAAGUAAUAAGACUUUUAUAAUUCGCCGUUUUAAUUAUUCACAG